AUGGAUGAGAUCAUUGCAAAGUUGAAGGAAGUCGAGAAGCAGUCGCCUGGAGGCAGCCUUCCGGAUGCCGUGAAGUUGGAUCACGACCUACAAGGGAAGGAGGUCCUGAGGAUCGAAGGCGAGCUCUACGUCUUUACUGCCCAUGCGGACGACUUCCUGUCCCACCCAGGAGUUCAGGAAGCCUUCGAGCUCUUGAUCGCAGGAGGGGCGAACAUCGACACGAGGAACGUGGAGGUGUCACUCUCCAUUCCCCAACGGAUCGUUGAAGCUGAGUGGCAGAAGAAAGCCAAAGGUAACAUCUUGUGCAAGUACACUAUUCACGUGAUGUCCAAGACAGCUUCCGCUGCCGAUGGAGAUGCAGUCAUCGCCAAGCUGUCCGAAGUGGACGAGGUUCAAGCGAAGAAGAAGCUGCAGCAGAUCUUCAAGGACGGCGUAGGUGACUCCGGUGAGCAGCCCGACUGCAAGAGGAUGCAAGACCUUCCAGAGCUCCAACUGGCUCUUAUGCUCCCACAGGCUCUGAGAGCCAUGCUACCGCUUCUGAUGUUGUUAGGCAGAGGCUUGCCACUCCCCCGAGAGCAUGAGAAGAAGCUUCGCAGUCCGCCACCGCGCCCAGAUGCCACUUCUCGAGGCAACUUCACUGUUCUACACGACACCGAGCCAGGGGUGCGGCCGGGCGAGUACGUCGAGAACGGACCCAACCUGUUCGAUCAGCCGGGAGCUGAACGGGAGAUAAAGAACACCUUCGGAGGGACCGACCAAGGCAAUGCGCCUCAAAAGCGCAGAGCACCGGCGGCGGGGGAAGCCACGCAGGCUCUCUCCAUCGAGAUCACUCGUGAAGCCAUCCGCGGAGAACUACAAGAAGUGCGUCAGGACAUCCGAACAUUCGGCACGCGAGUGGAUCAUGUAGGAGCCCAGGUGACACGCCAGAUGCAGCAGACCAUUAACCUCCUGGACGAGAUGACGAACAAGUACACAGAGCAUGCGGGUAUACUGCAGCAGCUCCAGAAAGCUAACCAUGAAGUGCGCAUCCGCCUGGAACGGCUUGAGAAAGGGGGAGGCCCGGCUUCCACGGCGGGGGGCACGACAGCGCCUUCCUCCGAAGGGGGGAGGAAACCUUCUCUGGGAAUCGGCGGCUGGGACCGUGACCAGGCCGCCAAGAUCACAAAUCGGGAAGUCGAAGACAUACUGAAGUCGGUCGAGGCCCUAUCCAACUUGAUGGGCUUUUUGUGCCAGGUCGGCCCACCUUGUUCCACAGCUCACAAUCACUUCGGCCAGCAGCUAUGGCUCCUGGGUCUGGGAGCACAAGAUCUGUUCGUACGUGAUGCACAGCGAGCCCUCGAUGUUCUGACGGAGCUUCCCUUCGUCGACGCCUCGAGGAUUGGUGUCGUUGGGUGCAGCGGUGGCGGUGCUCUAAGUGCUUAUCUUGGUGCGAUCGACCCAAGAGUGACUGCAGUAGCUGUGGCGUGCUACUUCUCCACUCUAGGACGCGAGCUGGAGAUAGGCACUUGUAACUAUGAUGCCGAACAAAUAUUGUGGAAGAUGGCGUUGUAUGGUAUCGACAAGCCAGAUCUACUCCGCGCUCGUGCACCGAAGCCGACAGCUGUGAUUCUCACCUCUCACGACUGCUUCCCGAUCCUGGGCGGACGGGAAGGCUUCGAGGAGGUGGAAAAGGCCUUCCGUGCGCAGGGCGACCCCUCGGGGCUCUGCGCCAGCGAAGCGCCUGGCUACCAUCAG